CAAUAUAUGCAAAAUCAAUAUGCUAAUGGAGGCUUAAUGUCUUAUAUCACAGAUCUAAGAUUAUCUAGAAAUAUGAAUCUGUUUUACGGUGUAUCACCUUACGUUGCCUUGGUGGUGUUAA